GCAAUAUAAGAGACGAUCUCUGCUAUAAAGGCCAGCUGAGGGACCACUGAGAAGAGACUGAGAGGAAGUGGCUCUCUGACGCUCCGGGUUCUGCCUCUACGCUCUGCAUGCUGCUGUUGGUCAGUGCACUACAUCCAUGGGAGAGAAUGGCUCACAGAAGGGCUCCUGGUUUGUCCCCUUGUCCAUCCACCCACUGUUCCUCUCCCAGCUGUCCCCCUCCACAGACUUGGCUGUCGCUGUCUUCCUUUCCUUCACAGUUGUCGCAUCAGUGCUGGGCAAUGGCAUGGUGUUAUUAAUCUACUGCAGGAGACGAAAGAAGCUCAGACCCUCAGAGCUCAUGACCAUCAACCUGGCCCUCUGCGAUUUUGGUUUCAGCGUCUUGGGAGGGCCAUUUUUCAUCACUUCCAGCCUGUGUCAUGCCUGGCUGUUUGGGGAGAUGGGGUGCCUUUGCUACGGCAUUCAGGGCUUUAUGUUUGGCAUCGGCUCUCUGCUCACCACCUGUCUUAUCUCUCUGGAGCGUUGCCUGAAGAUCUGCUGCUUAAGAUACGGUCAAUGGAUCGAGAGACGACAUGUGUGUCUGUCCAUAGUUCUGGUGUGGGUUUACACAUUGUUCUGGGCCUUGCUGCCUGCAUUUGGCUUUGGAAGUUAUGGACCAGAACCUUAUGGGACCAGCUGCACCAUCAACUGGUGGAGCAUGAGGUCAUCUCUGAAUGACAGAAUCUAUAUUUUCCUCAUCCUGACGUUAUGUUUUGGAUUUCCUACACUUACCAUCGUCGCUUCAUAUUUGGCCAUCCUUCUGACGGUCUACAGAUCUAAUCGCACUCUGGCGUCUAUACCCUCCUCCUCUGUCAGAAACAAUGGCAAAGACCUGAGACUUACAAAGAUGGCUGCUGUGGUGUGCAGCACCUUCCUGCUGGCCUGGAUGCCCUACGCUGCUGUGUCUCUGUUAUCUGCACUCAUGCCCAGAGAUGAUCAAGAGGCAUCUUUACAGACGGCGGCGGAGGAGUCAACUGAUAUCUCCUUAUUGCUCAACUGGACCGCUGCAGAACAUUACAGACAAAUCUACUACCAUCACGAGAACAAGUGGAGCAAUGUGAACGACAUGAAUUCAGCCUCCAUCACUGGCCUGAGUGAGGCCACAUUCAGGUCCAUGCUGGACAAAGAAGCUGAACCAAUGACCGGGAGCCAUCAGCCGUUCUCCUCUCUCCCACCUUUAGUCACCUUGAUCCCUGCUAUGUUUGCCAAGUUCCACAGCACGAUCAACCCUUUUAUCUACCACAUCAUGAACAGGGAGUUCAGGGACGACGUCUACGCGAUGUUGUUUGGUCAAGAGAAGGCAGAGAGGAGGCGAAUACAAGGGAGGAAAGAAAGCACAUGUGGAAGAGAACCAGCCUCUCCUACUGCCUGAGCUGGAAGAGGAGAAGGAGCCAUGUCCUUUUCUCUGGAAAGAAGAAACAGAAAUCUGGAGGAACAGAAGAACCGGGGGAAAACGAGGGGAGGAAGAACAGACUUCUGAGCAGAUGUUAUGUGGCAGUCUAAUGCACUGGGCUUUGACAAUCAAGGCUGCACAGAGAGACACUGCAGCAUCGUUUGACAGAAGACAAGGAGAGAUCUGAGGGGUCCACAUCCAGCACUGUGUAAGAUAAAUAUAAGAUAGAUAGAUAGAUAGAUAGAUAGAUAGAUAGAUAGAUAGAUAGAUAGAUAGAUAGAUAGAUAGAUAGAGAAACGGUGAUAAUCAGAUUACAAUUUCAAUAAGCUACGUAAUUAACGAAGGACUGCAAAAAUCACAACUAAAAUAUGACUGAAUUGAAAUCUAUUAAUCAACGGUGUGCAGGCUAAAGAGAAAGGCUGCUUAACUUGGGUUGUGUGAAGGAGAGAAAACGAGGCUCCUUCCUUUCAGCUGCUGUCACACUAAAAGAUUAACACUGCUUCAGUAGAAACUGACAUUUCACUCGUCAAUAUCAAUGACACUGUUUAAUAUCAAUAUUUCCUUUGUGAAAUAAUGAUAGAUGAUAGAUUCAACCGUUUAUUCGUAUUUAUCUUUUUAACAGUUCAAUUAUUCAUCAUAGGCCUAGCUAUUUAUUUUUUUACUGAUGAUUCUUGUUAUUGAGAAUGAGAACUUGUUCACUGGUCAGUUUGCUUU